CAUAAGAGGUAACAGUCUAAUUGAUCUCUAAAUACAACGCGGAACGGUGACGGUAUUUUUAAUUUCUUGGAAUCGUACGGCUAGUGCUAGCUUAAUUCAAAUAUAAGAAGUGAUUUUAAGUUUAGUAGCAAUAUGAGAACAUCAGUGACUUUCGUUUUGGCCCUGUGCGCUGUGACCAUCAACGCCAGUGUAGUUCCUUUAGGACUCUCUCCACCUGGGCAUUACGUCGUUUUACCCCACUAUGAUCCUCAUGCAGAAGUCGCUGCACAUAACAAGGCCAAAGCUGCUUUAGUGGCCGCUGAAGCUGCCCAGGCCCAAGCACAUGCUGUAAAUCUUCAAGUUGCUAAAGCCUCUGAAGCUGUAAAGCAACAAGCCGAGGCUGUCAGUGCCCAAGUAGCCAAGGCAGCUCAGGCUGUUCAGGCUCAUGUUGAAGCCGUUAAUGCUCAAGCUAAGUCUGUGGCUGUAGCUGCCACUGAUGCCGCCGCCGUAGCCAAUUCCAAAGCUGCUGUCAAUCAACACGAAGCUGCUCAAGCUGCCGCUGCUGUAAAUGCCCAAGCUGAUGCUGUAAAUGCCCAAGCUGCCCAUGCUAGUGAAACUGUUCAGCUUGAGGCUGAAUCUGUUAAAGCAGCAUUUGAGAAAGCUUCCGGCUCAGUGCAGGUUCAAGUUAACGCCGUCAAUGCUCAAGCAAAAGCAGCCGCCGAAGCUGCAGCCAAUGCGGCUAAUCUUGCCAAAGCCCAGGCCGCCGCCAAUGCACAAGAUGCCCGUGAAGCGGCUGCCGUCGCCAAUGUUCAAGCCGAAGCUGUAAAUUCCCAAGUAGCCAAGGCCGCUGAAGCUGUUCUCCAUGAAGCCGCAGCAGUGCAUGCUCAGGUUGCUAAGGCCUCGGAGACUGUUCAGGCUCAUGUUGAAGCUGUCAACGCUAAGGCACAGGCUGCUGCUGAAGCUGCCGCAGCAGCUGCUUCUGUUGCCAAUCACGCUGCCGCUAAAGCUACUCUUGUUCACAAGCCAGCUCCAGUUUGGCCGGAUCCCCAUCAUGUCAAUGUGCUACACUGGUAAUUCGUUUUCCCAUAUUCAAUGGAGAUAUGUGAUACAUUCAUCUGUGGUGUGCUAUUAAUGUCGCUGUCACUGGCCCCGACCUUAAUUGCAAUGCAAAAAUUCUAUUUAUGCCAUAAAGAUAUUCAAGAUAUAAUAAAAGUGCUUUAAAUCUAUCAAAAAAAGGAAA